AUGACCAACGAAACGAUAGAAUGCGAUUUGGAGUCGUACAGAACAGAAGAACUCGAUUCUUUGCUCAAACAACUCCAGCCUAGAAUUUUGGACUACAUAUCCAAAGCGGAUCCGAGCCGGGACGAGUACCAAGAGGACUCACUUGGACGUUACCAUAGUCCUCAAUUUCUCAAAAAGGAGUUUACUGACGAUGCCAAGUUGCAAAGUGGGAUCAGGAAACACCCCCAGGAAGUUUUUGAGGUGAUUGACAAAGUGCUUGAGUACUCUGUAAAUACAUGGAAUCCUGGUUUUUUGGAUAAAUUAUAUGCAUCUAAUAAUCCUAUAGGAGUGGUUUCUGACAUCAUUUUGUCGGUCUUAAACACAAACUCACACGUAUACACGGUUUCACCGGUAUUGUCAGUGUUGGAAAAUUAUAUUGGAAAAAAGUAUGCUGGACUUUUCUUCAAAGACCACCAAGAAACUUGUGGAGGACUCACGUUUUCCGGCGGAUCAUGGUCUAAUAUCACGUCUCUCCAGAUGGCCCGCGCCAUGAAGUACCCUGACACGAAGAUUGAAGGAAACAAUGGAAGAAGAUUUGCAAUUUACUCGUCAAAGCACUGCCAUUAUUCGGUGGAAAAGGCAGCUAUUUUGCUUGGAUUGGGUUCGGGUUCACUUUUCAAAGUGGACAUAUUGGAAGAUGGAACCAUGGAUGUGGCUAGUUUGAAGCAAGCCAUCAAAAAGUCGAAACUGGAAGGUUACAUUCCAUUAUAUGUCAACGCGACAGCUGGAACCACGGUUUUUGGAUCGUACGAUCCGUUUGGGGAAAUUGCAGCCGUUGCGAAGGAGCACAAUUUGUGGUUCCAUAUCGACGGAUCUUGGGGUGGAAACGUGAUUUUUUCACCUACUCAUAGUGCAAAGUUGAAGGGAAGCGAACUCGCAGACUCAAUAACUGUCAACCCUCACAAGAUGCUUGGGGUUCCUACCACUUGUUCGUUCUUAUUGGUGCCUCAUGUGGUGGAUUUCCAGAACGCCAUGUCUCUUUCUGCUCCAUACUUGUUCCAUGGAAGAGAGAAUGAACUGGAAGAGAACUUUGACUUGGCAGAUGGAACCAUGGGUUGUGGUCGCAGAGCCGAUUCGUUCAAGUUCUACAUGGCGUGGAUUUACUUUGGUCAGAACGGGUUUGCCAAGAGGGUUGACCAUGCGUUCGACAUAGCCAAAAGGUUCGUUGAUUUAAUCAGCGCUGAUAAGCGGUUUGAACUAGUGUUGGGAAGCCCUGAAAAUCCUCCUCCAUGUCUCCAGGUAUGCUUCUACUUCCGGCCUUCACACUGGACGAACGAGGACCAUAGCGAAGUCACCAGGUACAUUUCCCGGGAACUACACAAGCAAGGAAAGUAUUUGGUGGAUUUUUCACCCAAUCCUCAACCAGGUCAAGAAAAAAAAGGGGAGUUUUUCAGAGUUGUAUUCAACUCACCAAUAUUGACCGACAAGGUGGUGGCCGAUUUGGUGAAGAGUAUAGUUGAAAUCGGACAGGAUUAUGGACAAAAAGAAUAA